CCCAGGGAAGUGACGCUCUGAACGAGGGGCAUUUAUCAGAAAUUCGCUUCGGCCAUGCUCUUUAAUGUACCAAAGACUUUUCAGACUUGCUGUCUUUCUUCCAAACAUUUUAACACACAAAUUUUGCUCAGGAGCUCUGAACCAAACCACUCUAAGCACAACGCUCUGCACGCUUCAAGGGGUGAACCUGAAUCUUCUCAUCCUUUCUCUGCCAUUCCUCACGAGUACGAGUAUUUGUGGGUUUGUUUUUUUCUCCAGAGUCUCCAGCUCCGGCCCCCAGGUACCACGGCUUUCUGCAGGCGUCCAGCCUGGGCCGUCCCAUGUGUGCAACACCGACUGUCCGGGCAGAGCUGCCGUCACUUAUACCCGAAGCUCCUGGAGCACGUACCCCGUCCAGUACCACCGCCCAACCUCCGCUGUCGGCUGUGCCCCUCAAGCUCUACCAGUCCCUGGUCAGCUACCUGCCAGCGCGUCCCCCUGCUCCGGCGGGAACGAGGGCAGGCACCGGGCGGGCCCCGGCGAAGGCGGUUCUCCACCUCUAUGCUGUCUGUGAGCGUUGUGCCGUGCUCCCUGCGAGGGUCGCAGAUUGCCAGCUCCUCAGGAGCAGAUCCCCCGGAGCAGCUUCCCUGGGACGUCGGAGGGUCACAACUCCAUCUGUGGUCCUAAGGGGCAUGGUUUAGCGCCAGGUCGAUAGAGUUAGGUAAUGGUUGGGCUCGAUGACCUUACAGGUCUUUUCCAACCAAAACGAUUCUGUGAUCCCCUCUAGCCCGGCCCGGUGCGUCGUGUCCCGCCCUCAGACACGCUCACUCCCCCGCGCCGCCGCCCUGUAAGUAGCGCCCGGCACGGGCCGUGGUGCAGCGCAGAGCGGCCGCAAUGGGCACCCGCGGGCUGUACGUGGGGCGCAGGGCUGCCGCCCUGCUGGCCGCGCUGCUGCUGGUGCUGCUGGCCGCGCUGCUGACGCUCGCCGCCCUCUAUGGCCGCUGCCGGCAGGAGGCGCCGCUGCCGCCUACAGUGUCGCCGUCGUCCCCGUCGCCCGUUAGUCGCAGCCCUGCUGCCCCGCCGUGGGGGGUUCCUGUCGCCGGUCCCGGCCGCCGUCUGCCUUUCCACCUAGUGCCGCUGCACUACGACCUGGAGCUGUGGCCGCGGGUGCGGCCGGGCCAGGCGGGUCCCUUCGCCUUCAGCGGGCAGGUGAACAUCACGGUGCGCUGCCGCCAGGACACGAACGUGGUGGUGCUGCACUGCUCCGGGUUGCGGAGCCGCGGUGCCGCUGCCGUGCGCGGUCCCUUGCCCGAGCCGGGCACCGCCGCCGUGCGCAGCCCUAUUCCCAAGCCGGACACCGUCGUGGAGGUGGUGGGGCUGCGGCAGGAGGCGGGCGAGGUGGCGGUGAUGGAGCUGCGCGGCCGCUUGUGGGCCGGGCGCCGCUAUGUUCUCCAGUUGAGCUUCCAGGGCCGGCUGGAGGAGGACCUCGACGGGCUCUUCCUCACCCGCUACACUGACCACGGACGGAGCAGUAUGCUGGUUGCCUCCCAGCUGGAGCCAACAUAUGCCAGGACGGUUUACCCAUGUUUUGAUGAACCUGCCAUGAAGGCCACAUUUAAUAUCAGAAUUGUCCAUGACCCAAGCUAUGUGGCUCUUUCCAACAUGCCUGCUAUUGAUGUGUCUGAAAUGAAGGAUGACAAUGGAAGCCUGUGGACUGUUACCACAUUUAACACUUCACUGAAAAUGUCAACUUACUUGACUGCUUUUGUGAUUUGUGAUUUUGAUUAUGUCACCAGAACCAAGCAGGGAAAUGAGAUACGUAUUUGGGCUCGGAAAGAGGCAGUUAAAAAUGGAUAUGUUGACUAUGCUUUAAAUAUCACAGGACAAAUAUUUUCAUUUCUGGAAGACUUACUUAAUGUCAGCUAUCCUCUGCCAAAGACAGAUCUGGUUGCACUGCCUGAUUUUGGAAUAGGUGGUAUGGAGAACUGGGGGCUAAUCACUUUCCAUGAGUCAUCCUUGAUGUACCUCCCAAGUGAUAAAUUCACAAGCAGAAAGGCAUUGAUUGCCCUCAUUGUGUCACAUGAGCUAGGACACCAGUGGUUUGGAAAUCUGGUUACUAUGAACUGGUGGAAUGAUCUGUGGCUUAAUGAGGGACUGGCAUCUUACUUUGAGUACCUGGGAGCUGCUUUUGUUGAACCAACACUUUCACUGGAUAAAAUCUUCUAUGAUCAUGUCGUCCAACCUGUCUUAAGGGAAGACAAUGAAAUAGGAGUUCGAUCUCUGUCAGAGCAUGAAGACAAGAUCAAAGGAUCAUUUUCUUUAAUGUCUCUGUUUGACAGCAUCACAUACAAUAAGGGAGCUUCUAUCACUUGGAUGCUUUCUGGUUUCCUGACUGAGAAGUUGUUUAUCAGAGCACUUACUUCAUAUCUGAAAGAAUUUUCCUUCUCCAAUGCUAACCAAGAUGAUCUCUGGACCCACAUACAGAUGGUUGUAGAUGCACAGGAUGAAGUUCAAUUACCAGCAUCUGUAAAACAAAUAAUGGAUUCCUGGACAUGCCAAAAUGGUUUUCCAGUUUUGACAUUAAAUCUCACCACUGGCACAGUCAGUCAGGAGCAGUUUCUUCACAAAAAUGAUGAGAACAGUACUGGUUCUUACAAUAACACAUGGAUUAUUCCUAUUUCUUGGAUGAGAAAUGGAUCAUCACAACCCUUAAUGUGGCUAGAUAAAAGCAGCAAAGUGUUUCCUGAAAUGCAGUUAUCAGAGUCAGAAUAUGACUGGAUCCUGCUAAAUGUAAAUCUAAGUGGAUACUACAGAGUGAACUAUGAUCAAUUAAACUUAAAAAGAUUAGCAUGCUUGCUUGAGAAUGAUCCAAAGGCUAUUCCCGCUGUCAGCAGGUUCCAGCUGAUAGAUGAUCUUUUUGCAUUGACACAGUUUGGAUAUAUUGAGAUUGAAACAGCACUUGAACUAACAAAGUACCUUGCUAAAGAAGAUGAACUCUUCAUAUGGAAUGUGGUAUUGUUAAACUUACUGCCUGAGAAUUUGGAAAGUACUCUGAGAAACUAUGAAGUAUAUCCACUUUUAAAGAAAUACCUUUUAAAGAGAAUGUUGCCAAUAUACCAUUAUUAUGCUGUUUCCAUUCGUGAAAAUGUCAAUGCUUUGGAAGAUGACUAUUUUGCUCAAGUGUAUUUGGAAAAACUUUUUGCAACAGCAUGCUGGCUGGGCCUCCAAGACUGUUUAAACCUGUCAUCUGAACUGUAUGCUAAGUGGAUGGACAAUCCUGAGUACAAAAUUCCCUUUUUAAUUAGAAGAACAGUCUGCUGCUAUGGUGUGGCAGUGGGAAGUGAUAAAGAAUGGAAUUUUGCAUGGGAAAUGUAUAACCAUUCUGACUCCACAAAGGAAGAUAAAGACAUCCUGCUCUUUGCCAUGAGCUGUGCCAGAGAGUCAUGGUUACUUUACAGAUACUUGCAAUAUGGACUCAGUGAUACAUUAUUUUCUUCCAACUGUACUUCAGUCAUCAUCCUGUAUGUGGUGACUAAGGAUAUUGGACACCGUAUAGCCUGGGAAUUUGUUACGGAAAAUUGGCCGCUUUUAAGUGAGAGGUAUGGGAAGGAAUUAUUACAUGAUGUACUGAAAAUCAUGGGAAGAUUUGUCAAUACAGCUGUACAGAUCCAAGAGUUGCAGGUAUUUUAUAAUGCUACAAUGGAAGAGGAAGAGAGGGUGGAUACUACUCUGCUACUGGAGCUUGCACAGUUUGAAAACAGGGAAAGGAGACAACUGCUAAUCAAAAUUGCCAACUGGUUAAAGAAAAAUAUAGAUGACUGACUUUGAAAACUAUUUCCAGUAUAUUUUAGAGAGAUUCACUAGCAUUUUGGUCUUUUUUUCUAAGAUAUAACUAAAGAUAAAACAUAUUUUCUAUGAGUCAUGUGGCUGUCUUCCCAACUGAAAAGUCAGGCUAAAAUGAUUCACAAAGAAAAGGAAGGUUCAGCAAAAGAAAUGAGAGAUGUGUUUUCGUUUUAUAUCUAAAUUAAAUUCCUGCUGGAUGACUUGUUAGUAUGGGAUGUGUUGCUAAUAAUGUAAUGUAGAUACAGCCCUAAGUCCUUCAUUUUUUCAGAAUAUCAGGCUGCAAGUUGCAGUACAAAUUUGUGGCAAAAUCGCUUGAGGAAACUGGAAAAGUUUUAUCUUUUGUGUUAUGAUUUGUACCGUGACCUUGAGAAAGCCAUUUAAUCUGUUUCUUUCCACUUCUAUGAUUGUAAAUUAUGAAAAGGACAAUCAUUUAGAACAGUGACAUGAAACGUAAACUUGAGAAUGGCUUCAGAUCUGUAGAGAGGAAAGGACUAAAGAAAUCUCAGGUUUUAAUU